AUGGGCGGCCCCGGUGCCGCGGGAGAGUCCAAGCCCCUGAGGCGGCCGGACGUCCGGGCGUCUGUUGGUGGCCCCUCCGUGGGGACGGAGGCGGCCGCGUCCUCUGGGGUGGUGGCCGAGGGGGAGAGGGGGGUCGCGGGGGGAGGUGAGCGUCCAGGGGAGGCGCGGAAGUCCCAGCCCACCUGCGAGGCCAAAAGGCUUGGCCCGGAGGAGGCGACAGGGCAAGGCUUGGGCUGGACGGGGCGGCUGGCCUGGUGCGGGCGCCCUGGCCACGGGGCCAGGGAGAAGCCAUGGAGCUUGGGCCAAAAGGGGGUGCGUGCCGAAGCGCUGCCGAGGCCCCUGCCUGGCCACCGAGAGCCACCCGCCCGCCCUGCCAAUCCACCUGCCCCGCCGGCAGCGCCCUCAAAACGCCGUGCGCCUCCUCCCCUUCCACCGCCGCUCAACCUGGGGACCCGCUCCGGCCUCAGCACCUCAGCACGCCGGCCUCCCGCGCUCCGGGCUCCCGGCUGCCACCGGGCCUGGCCACCGGGGUCCUGGAGACGUGCAAAAGGUUGGCCAGCUGCGUUGGCCGGGAAUCGAACCCGGGUCAACUGCUUGGAAGGCAGCUAUGCUCACCACUAUACCACCAACGCUGCACAGCCCGGGCCGCCCCCAGACGCACGCCCAGGGUUCGGCCCCGGCGUCUGCACCCGCUCUGGUCACCGCCUCUGGUCACCGCCUCGGCGGCCCAGCGCGCCUCGGCCCUGCCCCGACGACCCGCCCAUCCACAGCGCCGCGCUGCCGCACGGGCCAGCAGCGGCCGCCCGCCGUCCCACCCGCGCCAGCCCCACGCGGCUGGGCGGCUCCGUGGGCCCGCCCGCCUGCCAGCCAACCGCCUCUGGGGGGCGCUGGCGCCGCCCGGCCGCUCCUGCCGGACCGGGCAGCGUCGAAUCACCGGGGAGCCCGGGGCGGCCGGCCACUCGUCAGGCGCCCUGGGCACGACGGAAGGCCCUGGCUGGACUGUGGCGAGCCCGCAGGCGCGCGGCCCCGACGCCGAGGAACGCAAAAGGGUGGCGGUGGUGGACGGGGAGCAGGCGGGCGGCCGUCGUGGCCCUGGCGGCCUCUGGCCGCACGCUGGAGGAAGGAGGACAAGUGCGCCGGAGGGGCCAGCGUUCGCACAGAGCGGGGGCGGCGCCCGCGGCGCCCAAAAAAGGACGUCUGGCCUCCCCGUCGGGGAAUCGAACCCCGGUCUCCCGCGUGACAGGCGGGGAUACUCACCACUAUACUAACGAGGACGGCGGCGGCCAUCCGGCCGCCCGACCCCUCUGCGCCUGCCUGCCCACGCCUACCCCUGCCCUCGACGCCCCGCCUUCCAUCGGCGCCCGCCGCCUGCCGCACCGGACCCGACCCCAAACCAACGUCGUCCGCCAUCCCAGCAGCCCCACUGCCCGACUCGGGGCGGACCCCGCACCCGGACGCCCGCCCAAUACUCCCCGGGCGCCGCGGCCUCUGGCCUGCCAGGCGGGGAUCGCGCGGGGAGAAGCCGCCCCACAGGACAAGCGAGGCUGCCACCAGGAGGACGGGCGCCCACGAAGGGCAGAGGCCGAGGAGGGCGAGGGGGAGGAGCGGGGGGUGGGGUGGGGCGGGGAGCUGCCAGAGAGGCGGGCCCGACGCCGCCCUCUGGGUGCGCGGUCGGGGCUGUGCGAGGGCGGAGGCGCCAGGCGAGUCGGCGGGCUGUGCUCCCGCUCGGCGGCGGCGCGCGUCCCCUCGCUGGCGCACACACGCCGCCGCCAGCCUGCGGCAGCCUUGGCGCCGGGUCCCAGCCAGGCGAGCGGCGACGCGCUCAGCCCCGUCGUCAGGAUGGCCGAGCGGUCUAAGGCGCUGCGUUCAGGCUCGUGCCCGCAUGAACAGUGCCUCGCUCUCAGAGCCGUGCGCCUCCGCCACCGGGAGCAGCCGGUGGCCCGCGCCGCCCACGAGCCUUUUCCACCUGGACGCCUUCCCCUGGCCACACCUGCCUGCCUCCGGCCGCGGACCCAGGUGGCCCAGCCACCUGCUGGCGGGCCCACCACGCGGCCCUGCCGUCAGUGGGCCUGGCCCAGGAGUCCAACCCGGCAUUAUUGCUCCUCCCCCGAGCGCUGGGCGGAAGGAAGCCCUGCAUCCCCAGGCCUCCCACCUGGGCGCCCCAAGCCCGGCCCGCCCGGCCAGAACCCGAGGACCCCAGCGCGCUCCCUCAACGCGCUCCCUGUCCGCCAGCUAGCCAGCAGCGCCUCCGCCAGCGCUCCUGCCUCUCCACCACCGGCCCGAGUUGGACCCCCAGGGAGAGCUCCCGGCCAGAGCUCAGACACCUCGCUUCGCUCUCCUGGCCUCAGCGGUACUCGGCGGCGCCCGCGGCGCUCGGGGGCCUCCAUGUCCUAUGCACGACACGCGUGCGGCGCGCACGAGCCCCCGCAGACACCCACCCCACCACCCACACACCCCCACCCACACUCCCGCCACUCCACGGCACCCCACGUGCGCACACACGGCCGCGGCUCCGUUCCCCAGCCCCGCGGGAUCGCGCCCACACGGCCCGGGCGGGAAAGCCAUCCGCCAAUGGGCCUUUGGGGUGGGCGGAGAGUAGCUGCCCAAGGGAACGGCGGCGCUCAGCGGCACCUGCCCCAGACGAUCGCCCGCGGUGGGUGGUGUUGGGGCUCUGGCCCGGCUUCCUCCGGCUCCUGGCUUCCGCGGGCGACCCCGGCAGGGCAGCGUCUGGCGGCGGCCCUGGACCAGGGAGAAAACGCAGGAGGAGCCUAG